GCUGCUGCCGCCGCCGCUGCCUCCGCCACCACUACUGCUACAGCCACUGGGUCUGAGGAGUUCGCUGAAGCCCAUUCCUCAAGAUCGGCCCCAGUUUUCCCUCCCGGAGCCCGGGCCCCAGCACCCAGAGCACUCGCCACACUGUCGGGUGCACAGCGGGAGUUGCCUUAGCCUGUGGAGCAGCGGAGACGGCCCCAGCCCUCUUUCCCUUGCUGGCCUCUUCUUUCCAUCUCCCCAGUUAUGGGGAACGCGGCGACCGCUAAGAAAGGCAGCGAGGUGGAGAGCGUGAAAGAGUUUCUAGCCAAAGCCAAAGAAGAUUUUUUAAAAAAGUGGGAAAACCCUGCUCCGAAUAAUGCUGGACUCGAAGAUUUUGAAAGGAAAAAAACCCUUGGGACAGGUUCAUUUGGAAGAGUCAUGUUGGUGAAGCAUAAAGCCACUGAACAGUAUUAUGCCAUGAAGAUUUUAGAUAAGCAGAAGGUUGUUAAACUGAAGCAAAUAGAGCAUACUUUGAAUGAGAAAAGAAUAUUACAGGCUGUGAAUUUUCCUUUUCUUGUUCGACUGGAGUAUUCAUUUAAGGAUAAUUCUAACUUAUAUAUGAUUAUGGAAUAUGUCCCUGGGGGUGAAAUGUUUUCACAUCUAAGAAGAAUUGGAAGGUUCAGUGAACCCCAUGCACGGUUCUAUGCAGCUCAGAUAGUGCUAACAUUCGAGUACCUCCAUUCACUGGACCUCAUCUAUAGAGAUCUAAAACCUGAAAAUCUCUUAAUUGACCAUCAAGGAUAUAUCCAGGUUACAGAUUUUGGGUUUGCAAAAAGAGUUAAAGGCAGAACUUGGACAUUAUGUGGUACUCCAGAAUAUUUGGCCCCAGAAAUAAUUCUCAGCAAGGGCUACAAUAAGGCAGUGGACUGGUGGGCAUUAGGAGUGUUAAUCUAUGAAAUGGCAGCUGGCUACCCACCAUUCUUUGCAGACCAACCAAUUCAGAUUUAUGAGAAGAUUGUUUCUGGAAAGGUCAGAUUCCCGUCCCACUUCAGUUCAGAUCUCAAGGAUCUUCUAAGGAACCUGCUCCAGGUUGAUUUGACAAAGCGGUUUGGAAAUCUCAAGAAUGGUGUGAGUGAUAUCAAAACUCACAAGUGGUUUGCCACAACAGAUUGGAUUGCUAUUUACCAAAGGAAGGUUGAAGCUCCAUUCAUACCAAAGUUCAGAGGCUCUGGAGACACCAGCAACUUUGAUGACUAUGAAGAAGAAGAUAUCCGUGUCUCCAUAACAGAAAAAUGUGCAAAAGAAUUUGGUGAAUUUUAAAAAGGAACAGCAAGAUGACAUGAAAGCUCACAUUCAGUCUUUGCACUCUGUUGAGAGAUAAGGUGGAGCUGAGACUUUCCUCUGUUGAGGUUACCUAGUACCUUCAUUCAAACAACUGAGUGAGAUCUUUAUUGCAUUCAUCCGUGUGUGCACUCUGCAUCCACCUGUGUAACAAGGCACCGCUAAGCAAGCUCUGUCUGUGUCAUUGACACAGUGCUAGACCACUUUCCUGCUUCUUUUUGGUUUGUCUUUCAUACUCCUCUUUCAUCCAUUUCUUCCCUUUUCAUUAAUUUUAUAUUUCCAAAAAGCACUCCAUUUUUAUUUUGUUUGUGUUUUAAAUGGGCAGUGUUAUGGCUGUAUAAUAUUU